AUGGAUUGGCUCCCUCACCGAACGGCUGCUUUUCUGUUCCUUUUAUUGGUACUCUUGGAUUUCAGCACAGGAUUUCAUGUAGAGGUAAAGGAAUGGGAUGAAAAUGGAAUGGCAAGAUGGAAAACCUUCAGAAGACAAAAACGUGAAUGGAUCAAAUUUGCUGCAGCUUGUAGAGAAGGAGAAGAUAAUUCUAAGAGGAAUCCAAUUGCCAAAAUCCGAUCAGAUUGUGAAGAAAACAAUCCAAUCACAUAUAGCAUCUCUGGAGUUGGAAUCGAUCGUGCCCCCUAUGGAAUAUUUGUUGUUAACCCAAGAACAGGAGAAAUUAAUAUAACAUCGAUAGUGGAUAGAGAAGUAACCCCAGUAUUUGUUAUACGUUGCUUUGCUAAACACUCAGUGACGGGUGUAGAUUUGGAACCACCUCUUGAACUUCGAGUCAGAGUUCUGGAUAUAAAUGAUAACCCUCCUAUAUUUGCACAAACUGUAUUUACAGGAUCUAUUGAAGAAAGCAGUAUGGACAACACACUGGUGAUGAAAAUAAUUGCAUCAGAUGCAGAUGAACCUAAUCACUUGAAUUCUAAAAUUGCCUUCAAGAUAGAGAGUCAGGAACCUUCAGGUCCACCCAUGUUUAUUAUGAAUAAAUAUACAGGAGAACUCCAUCUUGCAAAUUAUCUUGACAGAGAGCAACACAGUAGCUACACUCUUGUUGUGAAGGCAUCAGACCGGGAUGGAGCUGCAGAUGGAAUAUCAUCCCUUUGUAGCUGUAACGUUAAAGUUAUUGAUGUCAAUGACAAUUUCCCAACUCUCGCUCAAAGUUCUUUUUCAGCAAGUAUUUCAGAAAAUUCACUCAGUUCAGAACUGCUACGAAUACAAGCUCUGGAUGCUGACGAAGAGUUUACAGACAACUGGUUAGCAGAGUUUUUCUUUAUAUCUGGUAAUGAAGAUAACUGUUUUGAAAUUGUUACAGAUCGAGCUACAAAUCAAGGAAUCCUUAGAGUAAUUAAGGAACUGAAUUAUGAGCAGCUCCAAACUCACUCAGUGAUUAUUGGUGUCAGAAACGUAGCUCCCUUCCACCACUCCGUUGCACAUGACUUCCAAAUGUCUGGAACACCCCUCAUAAUAGAAGUAAAGAAUGUGAUAGAACCACCAAGAUUUCAUCCAUCUUCAGUUGUGUUUUCUGUAUCAGAAAGCGCAAGAGUGAAUUAUGUUGUGGGAACAUACACAGCCAUCGAUGAGGACACUGGAGCUAUUGCAUCAAAUGUUGUAUAUAGUAUAGGACGUGAUCCAGCUGCCUGGUUCAGAAUCAAUCAAAACACUGGUGAAAUCACACUGAACAAAGUUAUUGACUGGGAAUCAAACUAUGUGCUCAAUGGGCAGUACAGAGCAGAGGUUCUGGCUAUCACCAGAGGGGUUCCUCGAUAUACUGCUACUGGCACCAUUGUGCUUUCAAUGCAAGACAUCAAUGCCAAUUGCCCAACCAUUAAUACUGAAUUAAGGAAAGUAUGUAUGCAUUCCCCAUCAGUGAUUAUCACAGCAAAGCAUGUGGAUGGUUAUACAUAUGCUCCCCCUUUUACAUUCAGCAUACAUGGUGAACCUCAAACUACAUGGAUUAUCAGAUCAAUAAAUGCUUCCUCUGCAGAACUAAUUAGUCAAAACAUUGACUUUUACAUGUAUAGGAUCUAUAUCAGUGUAAGAGAUAACCAAGGCCGACGCUGCCCUAAACCACAUAUAAUUCCUGUGCAAGCUUGUCAGUGUGAUAUUCGUAAUUACUGCACCAGUGGGGCCACAAAAGUAAUUAUCAUCGGUGGUGGUGGCAGAGAUGAUGGUAAGCCUGAACAAGGCACUGUUGCAAAGACAGAUAGGCCAUUUUACACUGCUGGAUACACUGAUGGAUACACUGAUGAAUACACUGAUGAAGAUAUUACUACAAGCACUGAUGAGAGUUAUGAUGGAUAUUAUGGCAGAAAGUUCCGAUCUUCUACAACACUUAGCGGUGCUGCCAUUGGCCUGAUGUUUCUUGGUGGAUUAAUAUUUGUUUUGAUUCCAAUUUUGAUGUCAAUGAGCGACUGUUGUGGCUGUGGACCUGGCGCUGCAGCUGGAGUUGGAACUGGAUUUGAACCUGUACCUGAAUGCACAGAAGGGGCAAUUCAUCCAUGGGGAAUAGAAGGUGCACAGCCUGAAGACAGGGAUGUCUCACACAUUCUUGCCCCAACAACAGCUGCAGGAGGUGAUUUUGGUGAGCCCUCUGACAUAUAUACAAACACGUAUGGAGGAGGAGGAGUAGUAGCUUCUGGUGUUGAAGAAACUACAGGGGUUGGCUAUGGCACUGGUACUGGUUACGGAACAGCUGGAGGAAUUUCUGGAACGGGGGAAGCAAAAGGGUCAAUUGGAGGAACAAUAAAAGAGUAUCGAGAAGGAGGGGUGAACAUGGCCUUCCUAGACAACUACUUCUCUGAGAAAGCAUUUGUGUAUGCAGAUGAAGAUGAAGGUCGGCCAGCAAAUGACUGCCUAUUAAUAUAUGAUCAUGAAGGAGUCGGUACUCCUGUUGGCUCUGUGGGUUGCUGCAGCUUUAUUGGAGAAGAUACAGAUGAAACGUAUUUGGAUACAUUAGGACCAAAAUUUAAGACCCUGGCAGAAAUCUGUCUGGGCAAAGAGAUCGAACCUUUCCCUGAUGUCAGCCCACCCUGGCCAGGCAUUAAUGUCACCUUUCCAAACCCUGAAAGUGAUCUAAACCUCCCGCCACCUGGAACCACCAUCGUUGUUAACGGAUGUGCACCUAUGCCUCCCCCGGCUGGCACUACAACAGUUGUUACUGAAAACACCUACACAUCUGCGUCAACCAUACAGCCCCCGAGGCCGAUGCCGGAUCCUUUGCUCCACGGCAACAUGACGGUGACUGAGACCUACACCUCCGGCUCCCCCUCUCUUUGUGUUGAUCCUCUGCGUGCAUCCAACGUUGUUGUAACAGAAAGGGUUGUUGGUCCUGCAUCUGCCUCUGAUUUGCGUGGCAUGCUAGAUAUCCCCGAUCUCACAGACGGGUCCAACGUUAUCGUCACGGAAAGAGUAAUUGCACCUAACACCCGGCUCCCGACCUCUCUGAGCAUUCCUGAUUUGGUAGAUGGGUCAAAUGUGGUGGUGACAGAAAGGGUGUUCAGGCCUGCCUCUGGCAUGCCAGGCAGCUUAAUAAAUAUUCCUGCGGAGUUAUCAAACGCCCACAACGUGGUAGUCACCGAGAGGGUAGUGUCAGGGUCUGGGAUGAGCAGCCUAGGGGGGGCAAAUCUGGGGAGCCUGAGCAGCACGGGUCAGGUGCUCAGCGGCGAAUGUCACCUUGGCCAGGCAAUGGGUACGGCGUCCCCCAGCACCUCCCGGAGAAGAGUGACAAAGUACAGCACCAUGCAGUACUCCAGUCAGUAA